AUGACAUCAUCAGAAUUGGCACCGGUCGUUGUCGUUCACUAUGGCAUUCCAUCAACUGCAUCAAUUCUUGCUUACGAUCCUGUCCAAAGUCUCCUAGCAGUAGGGACAUUGGAUGGAAGGAUUAAAGUGGUUGGAGGUGAUAACAUUGAAGGUCUUCUUACAUCUUUGAAAGCCGUACCUUUUAAGAACUUAGAGUUCCUGCGAAACCAAGGUUUUCUAGUGAGUGUCUCCUAUGAGAACGAAAUCCAGGUAUGGGAUCUCGUCAAGAGGCGUAUAUCAUCUAAUAUACAAUGGGAGUCUAAUAUAACUGCAUUCUCUGUUGUCUCCGGAACCAAUUACAUGUAUGUCGGGGAUGAAUAUGGUUUUCUGUCUGUGCUCAAGUAUGAUGCAGAAGGAGAGGAUCUUCUUCAAUUACCAUACCAUGUUCCUCCAAACCUUAUUGCUGAAGGAGCGGAGGUUUCAUUGCCUGAUCAUCAGUCCAUUGUCGGUGUGCUGAACCAACCUUGUUCAGGUGGGGACAGGGUUUUGAUUGCGUACGAGAACGGAUUAAUUAUUCUAUGGGAUGUCACUCAAGAUAAAGCUGUUCAAGUUAAAGGCUAUAAUGAUCUGCAACUUAAAGGGGGAACCAUUGUGAACUUCUCGGAUGACAAGAGCCAUACCUUCAUAAAUGAUUCAUUAGAUAAUGAAGAAGCCAAAAAAGAAAUAAGCUCUCUCUGUUGGGUAUCUCCGGAUGGCUCAAUAUUAGCCGUAGGUUACGUGGACGGAGAUAUUUUGCUGUGGAACCUAUCAGUUCCACACAAUGGAAAAAGUAUGAGAACUUCGCAAUCAAAUGAUGUGGUUAAGAUACAGAUAUCAUCUGGAGAUACAAGGCUUCCUGUCAUUGUUCUUCGCUGGGGUCAUAAUAAAGCUCAGAAUGGGCGAGGUGGUCAGCUCUUUGCCUAUGGUGGUGAAGAAACUGGAUCUGACGAAGUAUUGACGAUCCUCGAUCUUGAUUGGUCAUCUGGGUUAGCAAAGUUGAAGUGUAUUGAGCGGUUUGACCUGGCACUCCAUGGAUCCUUUGCAGAUGUAAUUACGAUAUCAAAUCCAUAUAAGAUGGAUAAUGAUCACAUGAUGUCAUUUUUUGUAUUGACAAAUCCAGGGCAAUUGCAUUUCUAUCAAUAUUCAUAUCUCUCUAUCUUAAAGUCCAAUAGAAGAAUUAACCAUUCCGUGCAUGCCCUUCAAUAUUAUUCAGUUAUACCUACUGCAGAACCAUAUAUGACACUGGGAAAGCUAUACACGAACACGGAAGGGAACAUUUUGAGUACACUAUUGGAGACAGUUACACCUCCAAAACACCAACUGAAUGGCGGGAGUACAAAGUGGCCUUUAACAGGCGGUGUUCUUCAUAGAGUGCCCACAACUGGAAGUAAUAAUAUUAGGAACAUUUAUAUAGGAGGAUACCAAGAUGGAUCAAUUCGAAUUUGGGAUGCCACAUGUCCAGUGAUGUCCCUUGUUUCUGUAUUUGGAUUUGAGAUAAAAGGUAUUCAAGUGGCUGGAGCAAGUGCUUCGAUAUCAGCAUUGGAUUUUUGUUCUGCCAACUUAACUUUAGCUUUUGGCAAUGAAAAUGGUUCUAUUUGCCUUUAUAGGCUACAAGGAACCCCAAAUCAAACAACAAUUACCGUUGUCACUGAAUCCAAAUGUGAAGAUCAUCCGUGCAUGCUUGGAGAAAGUAUUCAUUGUUACAUAAUAUAUUCUCUAUUUAAGUCUCCCGUGUGCGUGUUGCAAUUUACAACAUCUGGAGCCAGGCUUGUUGCAGGCUUUGAGUCUGGACAGGUUGCUGUUCUCGAUAGUACUUCACCUUCUGUUUUAUUUUUUACCGACUCGGAGCCUACUGCAAAGUGUUCGGCCAUAUCACUAGUUGUUAAAACCACUUUUGGUGAUCAUGAGAACAAUGUAAAGGACUCUGAAUAUAAAACUGAAAUCGAAUAUACCAAGGAGAUUGCUAUUGUCCUCAGUAGAGAUGCUCAUGUGAUUGUGAUGGACUGCACCAGCGGGAGUAUGAUCAAUUCACUACCACUGUUUCCAAAAGAAAAAUCAAUCGCAAUAAGUGUGCAUUUAUUAGAUGAUUCAACUGCAUCUUUCCAGCAUACUGAAAGUCAAAGUCAGCCUUUGCAAACUGGCCCUCAAAAUCAACAUGGUCUAUCGAAUGUUGAAUUUUUGCAGUCUCCAAAUUUAGAAUACAUGACACUGGCCUCUCAAAUUUUGCUUUGUUGUGAGGAAGCUUUUUACUUAUACCCUGUAAAAUCGUUCAUUCAGGGUGAUAAAACAUUUGUGCGUGAAUUGGAGCUUGAGAAGCCAUGUUCUUGGACAGAAAUCAUCAAGAGAGAUGCAGAAAAAUAUGGACUUCUUGUAGUUUAUCAAACUGGAGAAAUUGAGUUAAGGUCAUUACCAGAGCUUGAAAUGUUGGGCAAAACAUCGAUGAUGUCAAUAUUACGGUGGAACUUCAGGACUAAUAUGAACAAGACGAUGAGUGUUUCUGAGAAAGGGCAGAUUACCGUGGUCAACGGGAAUGAAUUUGCUUUUGUAUCACUUUUGGCAUCUGAUAAUGAAUUCAGGAUUCCCGAGACUUUACCCUGCUUACAUGAUGAAGUCCUUGCUGCUGCUGGUGUUCCUGAAGCCAAAGUUUCCCAAAGCCAGAGAAAGGCAAUAAGUGGCGUGCCUGAGUUUGUCAGUAAUGUGAUGAAGGGUUUGAAAGGGGUCAAAGAAGAGCAGGAUAUAAAUUGCAAUGAAACCCAUGAUUUUUUGACUGCACAUUUCGAAAAAAUAUUUUCAAGGUUUCCAUUCUCAGACCCCUUAGAUGCACUUGAUAUAGAAGACUUGGAACUCCAAAUAGAUGACAUAGACAUUGAUGAAUCGUUGCCUGUUCCUUCUGCAUCAUCCUCCCAAGAUGUUACACAUGAAAUCAAAAUGAUAGGAACUGAGAGAGAAAGACUGUUUGAAGGUAGUUCCACUGAUACUAAACCAACUGUUCGAACACGUGAAGAAAUUAUUGCAAAAUAUAGGAAGACAGGAGAUGUAGCAGGUGCAGCAUCACAAGCAAAAGAUAAACUUAUGGAACGGCAGGAAAAGCUCGAGAAAUUACUAAAGCUGAAAAUUCAGCCUAAAGGGGCUGCUAUGAAGGUCCUUUGCAGCUGCAAGGAAGCUACAAAGAAAAUGCAAUGA